AUGAAUUAUGUAGAUAAUGCAUAUUAUGCCAACAUCCUCAAUGGACAGGUAGACCAUACUGAUCCAUUUUUAACAUUUAAUAACAUACCUACUACUCAAAGUGAAGGUGACAAUAUAGUGCCUCAAGUGACUGUUCCAAUUGGAUCAACCACCAAGAAACAACAAAGAGCUAAGAAUUUCGUUGUUGAAGACGAUAUGCUUCUUGUGUCUUUAUGGCUCAAUGUUAACUUAAAUCCAGUGCAUGGCAACGAGCAAAUGAGUUCUACUUAUUGGAAUAGAAUUUGGGAAUACUUGAUGGCAAAGAAGAAGUUUACUUUUGAACGCACUUCCAAUUCUCUGCUACACCGUUGGUCAAGAAUUCAACUUCCAGUGAAUAAAUUUUGUGGCUACAUGGCCAAGAUUGAAGGGAGGUCUCAAAGUGGUGUCAACGAAUAA